GGUGAAAAACCCAGCAUCCUGGCCAGGAUUUAAAUUUACCUCAAAAAUGGAAGAUAUGGACUGGGAAGAUUUCCUUAAUGAAGACUUUAGUAAUUACAGCUAUAGCACUGACCUGCCCCCUAUUCUACCAGAUUCUGCCCCAUGCCGGCCAGAAUCCCUGGAUAUCAAUAAGUAUGCAGUGGUCACCAUCUACGCCCUGGUGUUCCUGCUGAGCCUGCUGGGAAACUCCCUGGUGAUGCUGGUCAUCUUGUAUAGCCGCGUCAGCCGCUCUGUCACUGAUGUCUACCUGCUGAACCUGGCCAUGGCCGAUCUGCUCUUUGCUCUGACCUUGCCCAUCUGGGCCGCCGCCAAGGUGAAUGGCUGGAUUUUUGGCACACCCGUAUGCAAGCUGGUGUCCCUCCUGAAGGAAGUCAACUUCUACAGUGGCAUUCUCCUGCUGGCCUGCAUCAGUGUGGACCGCUACCUGGCCAUUGUCCAUGCCACACGCACGCUCACCCUGAAGCGCCACUUGGUCAAGUUCGUAUGCCUGGGGAUGUGGGCCCUAUCUCUGUGCCUGUCUCUCCCCGUCAUAAUUUUCCGGAAGGCUUUUCACCCUCCUUUCUCCAGCCCAGUCUGUUAUGAGGACAUGGGCAACAGUACAACCACAUGGCGGAUGGUGCUGCGGAUCCUGCCCCAGACUUUUGGCUUUGUCCUGCCGCUGCUGGUCAUGCUGUUCUGCUACGGCUUCACCCUUCACACACUGUUUAAGGCCCACAUGGGGCAGAAGCACCGGGCCAUGCGGGUCAUCUUUGCUGUCGUCCUUAUCUUCCUGCUCUGCUGGCUGCCCUACCACCUGGUCCUGCUGGCAGACACCCUCAUGAGGAUACAGGUGAUCAAGGAGAGCUGUGGGCGCCGCAGUGACAUCGACCAGGCCCUAGAAGCCACUGAGAUUCUGGGCUUCCUCCACAGCUGCCUCAACCCUGUCAUCUACGCCUUCAUUGGCCAAAAGUUUCGUUAUGGACUCCUCAAGAUCCUGGCUACCCACGGCUUCAUCAGCAAGAGAUUCUUGCCCAAGGACAGCAAGCCUUCCUUCGUAGGCUCUUCCUCAGGGAACACUUCCACUACAGUGUGAGACUCCUGCCUCAGUGCAGCCCCUUGGGCUUCCUCCCUUCCCUCAGUGUCCUAUUCUAA